AUUAAUCUUUUCUUCAUACAGAGCUUUGUUCAUGUAAAAGAGGGCGCUCCUUUACCUGUCACGCACCUAUCAAUCUGACGAAAACAUCGGCCACUACAUCCCUUCUCUCAUUUAUAACCGCUCGACUAACCCACCUAAGGUUCCGAUAAAAACAGGAGCGAAAUUUUUUUUGAAAGCGCCCUGUUUUGCAAACCUUUGAAUCUUUUGCUGAUGAAUCUUUUAUGCCCAGAAUGGGUAAACGAUGAAAAUAAAAAACUUUGACUUCCAAAUGAAUGCGCAAGUUUCUUCAUUUUUCUUAACAUGUUGAAAAUCGAUAGUGAACUAAAAAAAGUUGGCGAGCAAGGCCGGUAUCAACAUUUGCUGUUAUGGCUGGUGCUGUUACCGUCACAUUUACCGUUUGGGAUGCAACACUAUUCGCAACUGUUAAGUUUGUGGACACCUAAUCAUUGGUGCAAGUUAUCUAGAAUACAAAACCAAGAAAGUUUGGUGUACAGGACCAUCAGGACUUCUAUGGUGAGAGAAUACAGAAACACAGAAUAUUUCCAUGCUCAGUGUUUCAUAAAUAGAACUUUAGUGAAUCUAAUAAUCCAUGAGCACAGGAAAACAUUUAGUAAACGCUCUUUAUCUAGAGGCGUAAUUGAAGUUUGCAAUCAUGGAUGGUACUAUAAUAGAACUUGGUUAGGGGAUACGAAUACAGUUAUAACUGAGUGGGAUCUUGUGUGUGAUCGAAGCUUUUUACCAACGUUCGCUCUCAUCUUAUAUGGAAUAGGAGAGUUAUUGAGCUUGCCUUUGUAUUUUUAUGUCACCUAUAGGCAGGGUCGCCGCUUCAGUUUCUUCCUUUUUAUGUUCUGCGAGUGCCUUUUCGGGUGUAUGUCAUCGUUAGCACCCAAUUUCGGUUGUUUUGCUCUUCUUCGGUUCCUUCUUGGAAUUACAGUGCCUGCAUCGACAGCUACGCCAGCAGCAGUAGCUCAAGAGUUGAUGGGAUCGUCAUGGAAGGGGUAUGCUCUUCAGUUUACUUAUCUUUAUCGCAGCCUGGGAGGUGUACUCAUAACUGUGAUGGUAUAUUGGGUCAGGGAUUGGCAUAAUGUCGCCCUCGCUUCUUCUUUACCAUUCUUUGCCUUUUUCUUGUACUGGUGGGUACUUCCAGAGUCUCCACAAUGGCUGUUGGCAAGAGGCAGGUUUGAAGAAACGAUAAGGCUGAUAAGGACGAUAGCCCGCAUCAACAGGAAGAAUGUCACACCAGACUUCAUAGUAGCAACGAAGAGGAAGUUUGUUUUAGAAAAAAGUUUGCAAGAACACAAAAAUGAACCCAAGACUCAAGCGGAGGCGACGAAGGAUCUUUUUCGAGCACAAGGCUACCGUAAACGAAUAAUUGUCAUAAUGUUUAGCUGGUUGACGAGUACAGCAUCCUUUUUGGGACUGAAUUAUCUAUGUAUUGAGCUGCAGGGUGAUGUUCACUCUAAUCUUCUCACUUCUGCCCUAACCGAGAUAGCUGGUUGGUUCUGUGCCUCAAUCAUCUUAAAAUUUGUCAGUCGUAGGUGCUGCUAUUGCGUUUCAUGUGCCUUAGGAGGGGUACUUUGCAUCACUAUGGCAACAAGAAGACGAAGUAAGACUAAUUCUAUAUCGCUGUUCACGUGUACAAAGUUAAGUGUUUCAAUUUCAUAUUUUGUUCUGCCCCUCUGGACUGCCGAGCUUCUGCCGCAGGGUACAAGAGAGCCAGCAUUAGUCCUAGUAGAAAUCAUAAGUCUAGCCUGCCCAGUCUUCCUACCUCUGCUCAUAUAUCAGGGACGUACACUUCACAGCUUACCAAUGGCCUUAAUUGGAGUUUUUCAGAUACUUGGGGGACUGGUAGCUCUGACACUGCCAGAAACUCGUACCAAGAACUUCCUGAAUGAGCCAACGGUUCUGCCAAUAAUGCCUCCUUGCGCUGCUGAUCACUGGGCAGACGAACAUAAUUGCUCUUGCUGUAAAAAUCCCCACAAGAGCAAUCCAGGUAAUGGAAAAGUCAACCCAGCAUUUCCGGAAUCCCCUAUAUUUAGCCUUCUGCGAUGUCAAGAAAGCCAAAUGUCUUACUCAGGACGAGAAUCGGCAAUGUCAGACAUGAGCAAUCCUAAAAUGACUGAAAGACGGACAUCCUUGGAUGAACUUAAAGUAACAGUCCUUUGAUAGAUCCGCUGGAGAUACGCAUAGAAGGAGAAAAUAAAGUAUACGAGUUUCGUCAAAUGCCAAGUUAACCUGGAAUUUUUAUACAGCCUAAUCAUAGAUACAUUUAUUCUAAAUUCAUUUUUUUAUUUUGGACACUUCUAAAAAACGUAAGUUGUAAACACGUAAACCAGAAAUUCCAGCAAUUUUUUUUUAGUUUUAGGAAAUUUAAUUAGAAAUGCUGUAGAAUUGUGUUCAUAAAAAUUGUCAUCCAGCCUUAACUGAGAUUUACUGCAUGCAAAUACAGUAAGGGAAAAAUUUCGUAUAAAUUAAAACAGUAACUGAAAAUUUGCGAAAUGAG